AAUGAAAGGAAGAAAAAACUCAUAAAGUGGGAAAGUUAGUGUAAGUAUAUAAAAUAAGAUAGGAAAGAAGCAGUAGAAGAUAAUUGGAAAAUGAAUAAUUGGUUAAGAAACCGGAGUUUUUGAAAGCAGCAACUUUAGGAUAAAUAUUUUUAGUUUGUACUCAACAAUUGGGAGGAUUAGAGGAUGGUAAGUGAAAUAAAUACAAUAUAGGAAAAAUCACUAAGCUGUAAUUUAGAAAGUUUCUGAUGACUGAAUAGAUUUGUUUUGUUUUCAAUUUAAUGGGUUUAGGUUUGAGUGUAAUGCAAUAUGAUUUAGAAUUUGAAGAAGAGGAUGAGGAUGUACUUAGUAUAAUAUAGUAAUUAGAUUUCAAGUUGGUUAUUAUGGAUCAUAUUUAUCUCUACAUUGGCAUUAUUAGUUUUAACAGUCUUACGUUAUUAAUAACAUAUGAAUUGGUUAAAAUCAAGAAAACAAAUUAGUUAAAAUGAUAAAAUAUGGUAAACUGAAUAAUGGUAUCCAAUGCUUAUAGAAUUGAUUAUUUAUUGUAUAGUUCCUUAUCCUUUUACUAUUGGGAUGAGAGUAUACUUUUACAAUAGUUUUCAAGAUGCAAUGGCUUAUUAUCAUGUCAAUGAAAUUCUUGCAUUGAUUAUGAUAACCAGAACAGUGUUUAUAUUCAGAACUAUUUUGGCAUAGACAUUUUGGUACAGUAACAGAACUCAAAGAGUAUGCAAUCUAUAUGCAUGUGAAGGUAAUUAUAUGUUUGUGGCAAAAUCAUUAAUGAGAACUUCCCCAUACACUUCAUAAUUCAUAGCUCUUGUGUCUUUGAUUGGUAUAUUUGGUUAUGGAAUAAGAAUAUGUGAAAAUCCAUUGGCUAGGAAUGACCCAGCUAAUAAUAAUUUAGGUAGAUAUGCUAAUGCUUUAUGGAAUAUUAUUAUUACAAUAACAACAGUAGGAUAUGGAGAUUUCUAUACAAGAACAGAUUUAGGAAGAUUUGUUAUCUUUGUUGUUUGUAUUUUAGGAAUAUUUGUAAUAUCUGUUAUGGUUGUAACUCUUAUUAAUUCUUUGGUUAUUUCAACUUUAGAAUCACAUGCAAUAACUGUAUUAGAGAGAAUUCAAUUAAGAUAGAACUUAACAGAAUCAGCAUCAUAAGUAGUGCUAUAUUCACUAAAAAUCUAUGUUGCACUAAAGUACAAUUAUAUUUUUAUAAUUUAGAAAGGGAAACUUAAGUAAAGUCUAACUUAAAAUAUUAUUGAUUAAAUUAAGGAAGAAUUUGAAUGAUUUUAAAAUUUCAAGAAGAUAAUAUAGAAAUAAAUAAGAUGUAGGUAAUAUGAAUGAAGAAAUUACUAAUUAAUUUAGUCUCUUAAAAUCAGAUUUUAGUGAAGUUAUUGAAAAAUAAAAAGGAUUAUUGUUAUAAAAUUAAGAUAUAAUGAAUAAAUUAGGAGUAGAGGCUAAACCCUAUAUAUCAAGUCCUUAAUUAUGA